UAUUUUAUUUCCAUCUCCAGUAAAUAAAAACCGCAUAAACCUAAAAGAUCCUCCCUUCCUCCGUCGUCUCUCUCCUCGGAAAGUCCUCCAAUCCCGUGCGACGCGCGAUCUCCUGCUGCUCCUCCGAUGGCCGGCAACCGGUGGAUCAGGCCCGAGGUGUAUCCGCUCUUUGCGGCCGUCGGCGUCGCCGUCGGGAUCUGCGGGUUCUCGUUGGUCCGCCACAUCUGCAUCAAUCCUGAAGUCAGGGUGACCAAGGAGAACAGGGCUGCAGGAGUUCUGGAUAACUUUAAAGAGGGUGAAAAGUAUACUGAGCAUUCUCUAAGGAAGUUCGUUCGAAACAGGUCUCCAGAAAUCAUGCCAUCCCUCAACAGCUUCUUCACAAGCCCUGAUCGGAAUUAAAUCCACAUAAGGAAAAUCUGAAUUCUUCUAUUGGAUGGAGUAAAACUCAAUUGACUUCAUCAUGACUGCGGUGGUGUGAUUGUAACCUUCUCAUACGAUGGAUAUGACUGCUCAAAAAAAUAAGCUCAGCGGAACUUUUUGUUUGAUUUUAUGUGAUACCAUCAAUGGGUCAACUAUUGUCUACGGAACAUGGCUUUUAUAUUCUUCUCGACAUGGAUUGGUGCAUAUUUUUAGCUCUUCGGCUUCUGUAUGUCCGCAGUGAUUCGGCAUAUGCUUUACUCA